AUGACACUCCAGAAGUCGUUUUCUGAGCAGAACCGCUUUUCCAGACGACCCCAAUGGAACCGGUCAAAGAGCGGCUCAGCAGUCGGAGGACCGAGGACUUCGAGGCCGCCGAGGCCGCCUGUACCAAUAUCUGAAGUCACCAAGAACAAACUACACCAAUUCGAGUUUCAGCCCGCCGUCGAGGAAACUAGUACGACUGAUGCUACCAAGGGAGAAUCCGACAAGGAAAACCAUGGGAGCUUGAGCAAACAUAAUGUGUCGCCGCCGGCCAUGCCCAAGCCUUUGGAUGCCAUGACUCCAAUCGCGCGGCUGGCCUGGCAAGACCUGAUGGGCGCAACAGACAAUGCCAACGAGGAGGAGGACACAUCGCCAACCGAACGCAUUCUUUGGCACAACGAGCGGGACAAACUAUCCGCCGUCAUCUCGCCAAUGCUGCACAGGACAGGAAAGAAGAGGGCUAGGAGCUCCUCCCCAACCUCGUCUCCCAGCACCUCGAAGCCAACAACGCCAGCCGUGAACAUGCGACGGCUAAAAGAAGCACUGAAAUCACCACAGGCGGACCCGGCGGUGGAGCUGUGGGAUCGGUUCUCAUUGAGCGGUACUAGCAAUACCCCUCUUGGGCGGGCAAACCCCAUGCUGGCCAAUCUCAUGGUGUCGUCUUCACCGAGACCGGCCCAUGCUGGAGCCAACGGACCCGACGAGAAAGGCUUCAGGCGAGCUGCUAGUUGCGGCACCAGCUGGGCAAAACGGAGGAGGGUAGAGAAAGGUAACGGGCGCUCACCGAGCAUGCUGAGGCAAGAAGCCUCCGAUUCCAAGUCCUCCAUGGUUUCUGCACUGCUCAAGUCCGUCACUGGUGAGCUCGACAACUCCGAGGUCGCAAGGCACACAUUACUACAGAGAUCGCCGUCUCCCCAAAAGCGCUCUACACCAGAGGCUCUUUCUCCCAGCAAAGCGCCCAAAUGUGUGGCAGCUGGGACUCACAAGGCGGACACAUUCGAAGAAGACUUUGGCGACGAUGAUUUCGACGAUGACACGUUGAUGGAGCUUGAUGCAAGUCUGAUCCCACAGGAGGGAGGCUGCAGCUUCAGCGACGCGGCAGUCGUGCCUUCGGGCGAUAGCAAGGCAGCCAGUCCGUUGCCAGUCGCAGCUGAAGACGAGGAGGACGAGUUUGGAGAUCUUGAUGAUGAUGUCUUUGCUGCGGCCGAGGAUAUCAUUGCAGAUAUUGACCAAGCUGCCUCCCAAAUGCAUGAGCCAAAGAUCAGCGCUCCUGCUGCAUCAGGACAAUCGCCUACCGAUAUUGGUGAUUCGGGUGGCGGAGCUACUGAGGCAGAUGAUGCCUACAGCGACGACUUUGGUGACUUUGACUUUGAUGCUGCCGAAUUGGCAGCUACGCAGUCCAUGAAGCCGCCUACUUCAUCUACAUAUUUAACGAAUUCAUCCCAGAAGUCUAGAAUCAUCCAGCGAUACCUUGUCACGAACGUGCUCGACAGCUCCUACGAAAAUGACGCUGGUCGAGAAUUCCCCGAGAAGGUUCUUGUUAUCCAAGCAGAGAGGACGAGCUCUAUCAUGACUGUACAUCUCCGUGGCGACUGGGUGGACACGCCUGUCAGCACCAAGUCGUAUGUCCACAUCAUAGGCAAAUUCGAAUCAACCGGCAUGUGCAUCAUCGACAAUACUCAGAACAUGCUGAUCCUUCAUCCCGAUCAGCUGAUCUCCUCUACAGUCAUUGCCGACUCAUUCAGUUGUAUGCGCCGCGCGGUGCUGCAAGACCGUGUCAAGGCUACAAGUGAAGCAUCGCCUGCUCUCGUCUACGGAACCCUCCUACAUGAGAUCUUCCAGGAGGCAUUGAUGGCCAACAGCUGGGAUGCAGAGUUCCUGGCGUCCAAGGUCGACCGGGCCAUCCAGAAACACGUCGAAGAGCUCUACACCAUCAAAGUCAGCGUGACUGACGCCCGAGAGCACUUACUGACGAAGAUGAAGGAGGCGAGAUACUGGGCCGAGGCUUUUGUCUCGGGGCAUCCCCGGUCGGACGCCCUGGUCGAGGAUCGCAACGGCCAGAAGAUCAACAUGUGCGUGAGCAAGUUGCUCGAUGUUGAAGAGCACGUCUGGUCGCCCAUGUACGGCCUGAAAGGCAACAUCGAUGCCACAGUUCAAGUGACGAUGCGCGAGGGACCAAAUCGACGAACGCUUACUGUUCCGUUCGAGCUGAAGACCGGCCGCAACGUCAGCAGUAACCAUCAAGUCCAGACCAUGCUUUACAACCUCCUCCUCUCCGACCGCUACGAUAUCGAGAUCGUCUAUGGCAUUCUCUACUACAUGGAGACCUCGCAGACAUUCAGGAUACCCGCUAUCCGGCACGAACUGCGCCAGAUGAUCCAGCAGCGUAAUCAGCUCGCGUGCUACAUUCGGGAGCGAAAUGUGCAGCUACCACCCAUGAAGAAGGCGAAGCACGCUUGUAGCAAAUGCUACGCUCAGACUUCCUGUUUCAUCUACCACAAGUUGGCAGAUGAGGGGGACGGCGAGACAAGCGGCAUGGGAGACAAGUUUGACGAAGUGGUCAAGCACCUCACUCCUCCUCAUCGCGAGUUCUUCCUCAAGUGGGAGAACUUACUCACAAAGGAGGAGAAGGAGAGCCAGAAGCUUCGAAGGGAGCUUUGGACCAUGAUCAGCUCUGAACGCGAGAAACUCGGACGAUGUUUUGGUGAUGUGAUCAUUGAAGAGGGGUCAGCUUUGGAGGAUAAGAGCAGUCCAAAGAUCAACCGCUUCCAGUACACUUUCAUCAAAGCGAAACCCGCGCCGGGCUUCUCCUUUCUGGACUCGCAGCUCGCUGUCGGCGAGCCCAUCGUUGUUUCCGAUGAGCAAGGGCACUUUGCACUGGCUCUUGGAUAUGUCACAACCGUCCGGAAGCAACGCAUCAGUGUUGCUGUUGACCGGCGCCUUCACAAUGCGCGCAUCCGUCAGAGGGGCUUCGACGAGAACGACAACCAAGUCUUUGCUAGUAUCAUGGAGGUUGUCCCUGAAGGUGUCCCAACCCAGGCAUCGGAUGGUAGGAUCAAGGAGCCCCCUGUGCGCUACAGGCUCGAUAAAGACGAAUUCAGCAACGGCAUGGCGAUUGUGCGGAAUAAUUUGGUCCAGGUCAUGGCCGACGGACCGUUUGGUUCUAGGGAAAUCAGACGGCUGGUGGUUGAUCUGGUGCCGCCCACGUUCAAGGCCGUGCCGACGCAAUACACCAUUACAGACGACAGCAGCCUCAAUGUGGACCAAAAGAAGGCCAUUCAGAAGGUCAUGAGCGCUCGAGACUACGCUCUUGUCUUGGGUAUGCCGGGCACCGGCAAGACAACGACCAUUGCUCACAUCAUCCGGGCUCUGAUCAGCCAGGGGAAGAGUGUAUUGCUUACGUCCUACACCCACACCGCUGUUGACAAUAUCCUCUUGAAGCUGAAGACCGACAACAUCCCCAUUCUGCGUUUGGGAGCUCCGGCCAAGGUGCACCCUGAAGUUCAGGAGUUCGCCGUGCUCGCGGGCCAGCCCAUGAGCACGUUCGAGGAGAUCCACAGUGCCUGGCACGACACGCCCGUGGUGGCCACGACCUGCCUGGGCAUCAGCCACCCCGUCUUCGGCGAGCGGACCUUUGACUAUUGCAUCGUCGACGAGGCCUCGCAGAUCACCCUCCCGAUCUGCCUGGGGCCGAUCCGGAUGGCGCGGACGUUUGUCCUCGUCGGCGACCACAACCAGCUGCCGCCGCUGGUCCAGAACGAAGAGGCCCGGCUCGGCGGCCUCGACAUCUCCCUCUUCAAGCUGCUCUCGGACGCGCACCCGGACUCGGUCGUCAACCUGGAGCACCAGUACCGCAUGAACGAGGACAUCAUGGCCCUCAGCAACACGCUCAUCUACCAGGGCCGCCUCAAGUGCGGCACCGAGUCGGUCCGCUCCCGCACGCUCGACGUGCCCGACAUGGACGCGCUCAGGCGCUUCCACUACACCGACGCGGCGACCUUUAUGCGCUUCUCCUCCUCUUCUUCUGCCGCCGCCGCCGGCGCGCAAACCGGCCCCGCCAACUCGUUCUGCCCGGGCGCCCGCCGGGGCACCUGCUGGCUGCGCGACCUGCUCGACCCGCAGACGCGCUGCGCAUUCGUCAACACGGACGCCAUCGCCGGCGCGCGCGAGGAGGCCAAGGGCAACCGCAUCGUCAACCCGACCGAGGCGCGCAUCGUCUCGCAGCUCGUCGAGGCGCUGCUCGCCGCCGGCGUGCCGGCCUCGGAGGUGGGCGUCAUGACGCACUACCGCUCCCAGCUGUCGCUGCUCAAGCACUGCAUGUCGCGCGGCGCCGGCGCCGGCGGUGGCGACGCCGCGGCGCGCGUCGAGAUGCACACGGCCGACCGGUUCCAGGGCCGGGACAAGGAGGUCGUCGUGCUGUCGCUCGUGCGCAGCAACGAGGCGCGCAGCAUCGGGGAGCUGCUCAAGGACUGGCGGCGGAUCAACGUCGCGUUCACGCGGGCCAAGACGAAGCUGCUCGUCGUGGGCAGCCGGGAGACGCUGCGCGGGUGCGGCCCAGGCGGCCCAGGCGCCGACGGAGUCGAUGACGGGGAGGUGGAACCGGAGGAGGGAGGAGGAGGAGAGAUGCUGGCGCGCUUCGUGGCGCUCAUGGAGCAGCGGGCCUGGGUGUACGACUUGCCGGCCGACGCGCUGGGCCACCACGCCUUUGAGGACGGCGUGGCGGGGACGGCGGCUAGUGCGGCGUUGGGCACGCAGCAGCGGACCACGUCGCCGCGCAAGACGCCCAAGAAGAAGGUGGUCCGAGGGUGCGGUGGUGGUGGUGGCCGUGGUGGUCUGCCCGACGGCAAGGAGAACUAUGGGGCGGAGGAUGAGGGCGGCAUCGGCAUCGGCGGCGGCGGUCCGAAGAGGGCGAGGAUCGGGGAGAGGGCGCUGCUGAGGGGCAAGCCUAUCCUACGGGACAUCCUGAACGACAUGGUGGGCGGUGGGAAUACGUACUAG